CCAUGUGAACUCACACUUAUCGACUAACAACGGUCCAUAAUGUGCCACAUGGUCUCAAGAUAGAGCGUUAUUAACCCUUCUGAUCCAACGGACCCUGCUCAUUACCUCUCAAACAAACACCUCCGUUCCGUUUUACUUUUCCCCAACCACCCGUCACCGCCGGCCACCAUAUCCAGCUCUUCCAAUACACCCACUUCGACUUUCAAACAAAAUUAUACGAUUCAGUGAUUUCAUUCCUAGAAAACUUCGUUUCAACAGUGCUUCAAAUUGACGCAUCGUGUCUCGGAUUUGUAACUUCUCAAUCAUUCCGAAUCGAAUUUGAAAUUUCGAAGGAAAAUUCACUAAAUCUCAGUUCCAUAGUAGCUUCUACUACGAACAGUGCUUCAUUUCCACGCAGAACAAUCAACUCAAAUCGAUUCGUGACUCGGAUUUUCAACUCCUAGUUCAUUCCGGGAACGAAUUUGAAAGUCCGGGCACCAAGUACUGAAUUUCACGUGUAACAUAGUUAAACCAUUUGUGGUUCGGAGUUUCAGUUCAAAUCCGUUCCCAGUCGUCCUUCCAAUUUCGAAGAAAACCGCGCUGACUACUUAAUUUCAUACACUGAACAGCGAACAGUACUUUAUUUUCACGUGGAGCGAGUCAAAGAGAUUCAAAUUGAGACCAAGAACUCGUCCACGGUGAACUCCGAUAUUUUUCCUCUACUGAUUUCGUUAUUCGUUUCAUCUUUCUCAGCGAUUCUUCGAACCUCUCUGUUCAUCGAUGGCGGACUCCGACAACGACUCCGGCGGCACGCACAACGCCGGCAAGGGCAGCGAGAUGUCGCCGCGGGAGCAGGACCGGUUUCUGCCGAUCGCAAACGUGAGUCGCAUCAUGAAGAAGGCGCUUCCGGCGAACGCAAAGAUCUCGAAGGACGCGAAGGAGACGGUUCAGGAGUGUGUGUCGGAAUUCAUCAGCUUCAUCACCGGCGAGGCCUCCGACAAGUGCCAGCGCGAAAAGCGAAAGACGAUCAACGGCGACGAUCUUCUUUGGGCGAUGACGACUCUGGGCUUCGAGGACUACGUGGAGCCUCUGAAGGUCUACCUUCAGCGCUUUAGAGAAAUGGAAGGAGAGAAGACCGUGGCGGCGCGUGACAAAGACGCGCCUCCUGCUUCCAAUGCUACCAACAGUGCCUACGAGAGUGGUAGUUAUGGUGCUGGUGGGAUCAUGAUGCAUCAGGGACACGUGUACGGUUCUGGUGGGUUCCAUCAAGUGGGUGGCAGUGUUAUUAAGGGUGGGCCUGCGUAUCCUGGGCCUGGUUCCAAUGCGAGUCGGCCUAGAUAGAUUACAUGAGUGCCAUGUGGUCUGUUCUAUUUUACUGUUGUUAUUAUUUUUAUAAUUUAAAAAAAAAUAGCAAGAUUCGUAGUGGUUUUUAGUGAAAUUAAUAAUAAUAAUAAUAAUAAUUACUAUUAUUAUUAUAAUAAUGCUGGAUGAGUUGGUUUGUAUUGUGAGUAUAUAAUAGA